GUUCGACAGACACAAGAUGGGCUCAGUACACAGCCACAACGAAAAAGAACAGUUAAGCCAGGCAAGGCUGCACGGUCCCCUUUCGUUCUAGGGUACGAUCCUCCCGUAAGAGCACCAGCUAACGUUGAAAAGGUCUUCAAGAUGUUUAUGAAAGAGCCCGCAGCUGCAAGGAAAGACAAUUGGGUUAUAAGCACCCAGCCAAAAUACAUCGAGCUCACUGCCGAGUGAAUCAGGACGAACCUUUCAGAAGGGGGUGCGAUAGAUAAUGAUUUGAUGACAAUAGCAGUUAGAAGAUAUCAGCAGAUUGACUACGCUUUUGCAUUGGAUAAAGAUGAAGGGUGCUGGCGACAUUGGCUUGAGCCAGACUUUGUGAACCAUGUGAGCAGAGGAGACGUGAUUGUGAGGUAUGUGCAGGACAUGUUUAUUGGGGAACAUAUCAAGUAUGACGUGCACAGAUGCACAGAGUUCUUACUCAACGUCAAGUUCAACUUCACAUGGUCGACCUACAUUUGGGAUUUCCUGAAGAGGAGGAUAAUCGUUCUUAACCCAACAAUUAACAACGGAGACGAAUCUGACAAAGUCAUCCAGAGUAGGCACAGAAAGGUUGCAGACAAUCUUCAUGAAGCAUUGCAAAGGUGCAUUCAAGCAUUUUUUCAAGGUUGGGCUCCUGACAUGACGAGAUGGAAUACAGUGUUCCUGAAAGGGAUAAACGCUGGUCUAUGCAGCGGGCCAGACAGCGGGGUAUAUGCACUGCACUAUGGCCGAAAUUGGAUGGGAAGCAAAUUCAAGAGAGACCUGAACCCGCAAAACGACGGGGUGCUCCAUUCCAGGAUGAACAUACUGGUAGAUGUGCUUGGACUGGAGGGGAACAUUGGACACUUGCCUGAGAGAUACAGGAAGUGCCUUGUUAGGAACAAGGAGGCUGCGUGAUGAUUAUUGCUCUAGCAAACUAUCUGCGCUUGUUUGGUCGAGAAUCGAAGCUGCAGUUUGAACUUUUAUAUGUAUGAGACGACCUAAUCUGCAAGCUUUAUGCUUUUGGGCAGUCAAGAAAACUGAAUUUAGCGGACUGUAAUAUUUUGUUAUUUCAAACUUGAACCAUUUGGUGCAACCAGUUAUGUCCUAUAUGUGUUUGAAAAAACUGUGCCCAAAUUCACAUUGUUGUGGAUUUUAUUCAGAACUCUGCAUUUUAGACUGACGAUAACAACAUAUUAUAAUGACUUUCCAACCCAUCUAUUACACGAUUCUUCUCCUGCAGACCCAAAUAAGGUUUCCACGGGUAGUGUGUGUAUACUCCCCAAUUUUUUUGAAGUGUUUUCGCUUAAACAAGUUAGUAUAUCAAGCUAAAAAAAUUCGAGGCAGCGCUGCUGAACAUAUGUACUAGAAUCACAUAUGGGAAGUACAUCAUCUUAAGUGGCUCACAUACGAACUAUAAUGAGAAUCACAAAGUGGUUUCCAUGAAACUGAAGUAAAGGAAUCAAUCACAAAAAGAGCAGUAAGUGGUGGUGUAUAAGUAAUUCC